CAACUCUGCCCAGAAGCCAAGCAAAAAUAUCUAUCGCAAGCCAAGAAGCUUAAGGUGGAGGUACUGAAACGCUUCUACGAUGCUUCCACCGGUGUCUAUCGCCUGAAUGAAGAUCUACCAAGCGACGGUAUCUGUCAAGAUAACAAAGCCCAUGCCGUGACUAUGGGGCUGCUUCCUAGUCAUGCGAACGAUCUUGAGCAUUUGAUUGACCCACAAUCGCAGCUCCCUCGUGCCUUCCGGGGCCUUGCUCAUUGGAGUGUAGCGGACAUUGUCAGUCCGUACGCAACAGGGUUCGCAGUUGAGGCAUUGUUUUCACGACAUCAAGGUCUUGAAGCGCGGAGGCUCAUCGAGCGCGUCUGGGGACCGAUGGCUGACACAUCAAAUCCAAACUACUCUGGAGGACAUUGGGAAGCCAUGAAGACAGACGGAACGCCGCACGGUCACGACACGUCGUUGAUGCAUGGCUGGUCGACGUGGCCAGUGUCACUUCUGCCUCGAUAUUUAGCAGGGCUUCAGCCUACCGAGCCAGGCUGGACGUCGUUUCGCAUCGCACCAGUCUUUGCCGGUCUAGAGAGGAUCAAUUGCACCCUUGCGACCGUCGCUGGUAGUAUCGGCGUAGAAAUCAAGAUUGAUGAAGCGGAGGGUCACGGCACGCUGAAAGUCAUGGCGCCUUUUGGCGUUCAUGCGCAGCUGCAGCCACCUAGGGAAUGGGUCAUACAAGGACCAGAGUCCAUUAUGGGAACAGGCGCAUGGCAAAACGUAUUGUUGUUCAAAUCCGCCGUGGCUUCCGGGGCACAAGAGUAUCCAGAUGCAAUGCUACAAGCUACUCCGAUCUGCGCGGGCGGGCGGUAA